AUGAACGAUUUUAGUCCUCCACCAUUAAGAGCCCCUACAGCAUGUGUGGCCUGCAAUAAAAAGAAGGUUCGCUGUAUCUUUGACGAAAAUCCCGACGUAUGUGUGAAUUGCCAACGGCAUCAGUGGCCCUGUUUCCGACGAGAGCGCAAGAGAAAACGAGCCCAGAGUAAUGAUGGCUGCAUCAAUGAUCCCGAAGCCGUUAGAAAGAGGCGCGUGAACUGGGAUGAGCCAAACAACUUCAGUACUAUCGGCUCGGCUAAAUCUCCAUGUACAAGCUCUGAGUGUGAGCAAGAUCGAAAUCAACACCGCGACACGAGUCAAGUUAGAGCUGGUACUGGAGACCAUACACCUUUUACACCAGAUUCCAAUCCAUACUCAUCCGCUUCGACUUUAAGCUUCAUGGCACGCUCCCGCUACUUUGACGACGUGGCAAUCAACGAAGAACAGGCUCGAUCAUAUCCAGAAGGAGAUGCAGAUGGACCAACUGAAGAUGACCUCCAGCUGCUUAGACUGCAAGGUGCAUUUGACCUCCCACCACGAGCUAUCCGUGAAGGACUGAUUAACACAUUCAUGGAACGAUGUUCACCAUGGAUGCCAAUCAUUGAACGGAGCUGGCUGGAAGAAAGCGGGUCCCAGAAGCCGUCUAUUCUACUUCUCCAGUCUAUAUUCGUCGCUGCCAGCCGAGUCACAUCUGCACCGGCAGUGACUGCGUAUGCGUCUUUGCAUCAAUUUUAUCGUCGCGCAAAAGCCUUGUUCUGGUCUGGAUACGAGAGAAAUCCAGUAACUGUUGUCGCAGCAGUGUGCAUUUUGCAUUGGUAUAACCCAGAAGGCCCUGAGCAUGUGUCCACCAAUACCAGUGGAUUCUGGCGAUAUGUGGGAGUCGGGUUAGCUCAUCAGAUUGGACUGCAUAAGGAGCCAACGAAUAAAAGGGAAGCUGCCCUGAGGCGCAGACUGUGGUGGACUUUAUAUGCAAGAGAUUGUUGUAUUUCCGCAGGGCAGGGCCGACCACUAGCAGUGGAUCUGGAGGACUGUGAGGUGGCGCCGCCUUGUCCGGAGGAUUUCCAUGAUUCAAGCUCAAACGCCACUCUGUUCAUCGCAUAUGUCGAGAUCAGUUCUAUUCUGGGCCAUCUCACGGAGUAUUGUCGACGCAAGAGCCUCACACGCGAGGCCCGACAGAGCCUCGAGAAUCGUUUGUAUCGAUGGACACGCGAUCUUCCCGCCUCACUGCGUUUGUUUCGCAGUAGGAAUACCUCAGAUGAUACAAUAUCACCGCAAAAAAUACUGGCUGGAUACAACUUUGAAGCACGUCAGCUUCACAUCCCAUACUUUACCUGCUUGGCAAUCAUGUGUCGACCCAACGCUGGAGAAUCUGCAUCACCAGGAGUGCUUUUGGCAUCGUCUUUUAUGGCUGGGAUAUUUGAAGACUUCCUUGCUCGAGAUGAGGUCCAAUUCCUAAGCCCAGUAUUCACAUUCCACCUUUUGGCUGCUGGGAUCGGGCUUCUCUCGUGCAACAACGUGCCAUCUCACCGGGAGAAAGCAGCAGUGAGCUUGGAAUCCAUCUACCUGGCCCUCGAAGAACUUUCCAAACGCUGGUCAUCUGCAAAAGGUAGCCUCAGAGCGUUGAAGAGCAUUGCUGAAAAGCAGCGAAGCACGUCGACAGUAGACGAGCUGCCGUUACCGACACUCUCUAGAGACCAUCGACCAUUCUUUGAAGUGUUUGGCCCGGAUCUCUCCUGGGCUUGGCCAUAUUUUAUGGAUCUUGGACAAUCUGUGGGCCAUGAUGGGAACACCGAUAGCUUUAUGGGAGCCGGGAUCCCAGAGCUAGGAAAUUGGGCCGAGUCCCGGGCACCGGAUGCUCUAUCUUUGGAUGACUACAGGCCACUCACUACGAUUCUGGACCCCAAUGAAGGUCUCAUUAUGGAAGAUAUGUCGCAAGAUAUUCCAGGCGAUUUCUUCCAUCAGUACCAGGGCAUGGGAGAUUGGCUGUUUAAGGAUUUGGAAUGGAACGGCGAGAUUGCCUAG